AAUAAAUUAGAGAAAGAGGCUUAUAAAAGACAAGGCAUCAAGUAAUCUAAAACUGGAAAGAUUAGCCGACGUCAUUCGUGUUUAAAUAGAAGAGGUUUUGUCUCCUAUCUGUGUUUAGAAUUAUUAGUCAUAAGUAGUUGUAUGAGUUGUUUUUAAAUAAGCAACAACAUAUGUAUAAUUGAAAAAAUACCACCGUUAUGCGCACCCCGAUCACUUGCAUAGCGCUGCUUCUGCUGGUAGUAUAUGCGCUAGCCGAUGACUUCAUCACCCCAAGCAAAAUCUAUGACUGGGUGACCGGGAACAUAGGCUUAACUAACACAGAGAGCGUUAUGGUCCUAACGGCCGGUAUCGCAUAUGAGACGCAAACCAUGUUAAAUAUAUGGGACCGGUGUUAUAGCCAUUCCGGCUACUACGUUGAUGGCAGAAAUUGCUUCAGUGCAGUUCGUGUCGGCAUAAUAAGGUGGGCUAUAGAGCUGGCAGGAUUAGGUGUAAUUACUGGCUGGUACAAACGGGACGUUCUCGACCAAGUUCCGUAUAAAGUGGUGGAAGUCGGUGCUCUAACUGGUUAUGCUAUCAAUCUAAGUGCUACGAAUGUAACCUCGUUGCAAAAGCGUAAUAGUGAGGAGUUUAGCUUCAUGGUGGGUAACGACACAUUUACUUACGCACCGAUGAUGCUGGACGAUAUAUUGGAUAACAAGGCAAAUCUAAUAUUGCUCAAACAUGAGAAUAAUGACGACAACUACCCUGUGUCCAUGCUUGAGGCUAACAGUAAUGGCACCUGGGCGUUGAAUUUUAUGGAUAUUGCCCCUACUAUCAAGCGUGAUGGUGUAGAUGGUGACCAGUACCUUAGUGGUGCUGGGGGUAUAGUUAUCGAGUGUCAGUAUGGUGGUGGUGUUGGAGAUAGCUAUGAUAAUGAUCAGGGAUGGGUCGAUGCUGUGUCUAAGCGCCAAGGGUACGAUCAGGCCAUGUCCGCAACGUAUAAUUUCUAUCACGGCUAUAUCGGCAGCAGUAGUAGACUAAAGUGUGCGACAAAGAUGUACACUACGGACCAGAAUAUGCAGACAUGGCGCAAUUGGAACGAUGUAUGGUCAUCGUUCUGAAUAAGACCUAGUGUACUAACAUAAUUUCAAGUCAAAAUACAAUUAAUAUGAUCAAGAAAGUUUAAACUAGUUAUUAAAGUAAUUAUUAAUAAAAAAAAUGAAGGAUCUUGGUGCAGUUUCUAGGUUCUUGGGGAUGCAAGUUUCCCAACGUCCUGGUGUGGUUUCCAUGCAUCUCGGUCAAUACUUAGCAGGAUUCUUGGGUGAUUUCAAUAUGUCUGACUGUAAUACAGUUCAGACUCCCCUUGCUGCUGCUGCGUCCUUGGUCCCU